GCAAUUAUACACAGAUUUUAAACCAGGUUUUAGUUGUGAAGUAGAUGAAAUGUGUCCUUUAGUAAUGGAGUUUAAUAAUCCUGAUAUUAUAAAAAAAUUACUUCAUGAUGUAGUAUUUCAACCAUUUACAUUUGUCAUAGAUAAGCUUACAGUUUUUGUUUCAAAGAUGGGUACAGAAUGGAAUAAUGAAUGGAAUUGGGUGGAUGAAGGAUUUAUUUCAACUUUUUCAUCAAAAUUUAGAAGUAAUAAAUGUGUAGCAAGAUAUGAAGGGAGUACACUAAUAGAAAUUUGGAAAAAAGUGGGUGUGAUGAAGAAAAUUGAUAGAAAG